CGGCUCUGCGGCUCUUGCAGUCGCUUCUGCGUUCGCGGCGGGUCAAGAUGGCGGCCAGGACUAUGCAAGCUGCUAGAUGUCCCACGGAUGAACUCUCCUUAAGCAACUGUGCUGUGGUCAAUGAAAAGGACUUUCAGUCUGGCUUGCAUGUAGUUGUGAAGACCUCACCAAAUCACAAAUACAUUUUUACACUAAGAAGUCAUUCCUCAGUUGUUCCGGGAAGCAUCGCCUUCAGUUUACCACAGAGAAAAUGGGCUGGACUUUCUAUUGGACAAGACAUAGAUGUUUCUGUAUAUAACUUUGAUAAGACCAAACAGUGCAUUGGCACUAUGACUAUUGAAAUCGACUUCCUGCAGAAGAAGAGUGUUGACUCUAACCCUUAUGACUCAGACAAGAUGGCAGCGGAGUUCAUCCAGCAGUUCAACAACCAGUCAUUCACAGUUGGGCAGCAGCUUGUAUUUAGCUUUAAUGACAAGCUUUUUGGCCUCUUGGUCAAGGACAUUGAAGCUAUGGAUCCCAGCAUCCUUAAAGGAGAGCCUGCCACAGGCAAAAAACAGAAGAUCGAGGUUGGUCUUGUUGUUGGGAACAGUCAAGUUGCUUUUGAAAAGGCUGAAAGCUCUUCCCUCACUCUCAUAGGCAAAUCCAAAACUAGGGAAAAUCGUCAGUCUAUCAUCAACCCUGACUGGAAUUUUGAGAAGAUGGGCAUUGGAGGCCUUGAUAAGGAAUUCUCUGACAUCUUCCGACGGGCAUUUGCUUCCCGUGUGUUCCCACCUGAGAUUGUAGAACAGAUGGGCUGCAAGCAUGUGAAAGGCAUCCUCUUAUAUGGUCCCCCUGGCUGUGGUAAGACCCUUAUGGCCAGGCAGAUUGGCAAGAUGUUAAAUGCCAGAGAACCAAAAAUAGUGAACGGGCCUGAAAUUCUCAACAAAUACGUUGGCGAGUCGGAGGCAAACAUUCGCAAGCUCUUUGCAGAUGCAGAAGAAGAGCAGAGGAGGCUUGGCGCCAAUAGUGGCGUCCACAUCAUCAUCUUUGAUGAGAUUGAUGCUAUCUGCAAACAACGAGGGAGUAUGGCGGGCAGCACAGGCGUGCAUGACACUGUUGUGAACCAGCUCCUGUCAAAAAUUGAUGGGGUUGAGCAGCUGAACAACAUCUUGGUUAUUGGUAUGACCAAUAGGCCGGACCUCAUAGAUGAGGCUCUCCUGCGACCUGGACGACUGGAGGUGAAAAUGGAGAUUGGUUUGCCAGAUGAAAAGGGCCGAACGCAAAUACUCAACAUCCACACUUCGAGAAUGCGGACACACCAGCUACUGGCUCCAGAUGUUGAUGUUUUAGAGCUGGCAGUGGAGACGAAGAAUUUCAGUGGUGCUGAGCUUGAGGGUCUGGUUCGCGCAGCACAGUCCACUGCUAUGAACAGACACAUUAAGGCCAGCACCAAAGUGGAAGUUGAUAUGGAGAAGGCAGAAUCCCUGCAGGUGACGAGGAGAGACUUCUUUGCUUCUCUGGAGAAUGACAUCAAGCCGGCAUUUGGAACCAAUCAGGAGGACUAUGCAAGCUACGUCAUGAAUGGCAUUAUUAAAUGGGGUGACCCUGUCACCCGGGUGCUGGAUGAUGGGGAACUUCUGGUUCAGCAGGCCAAAAACAGUGACCGUACCCCCUUGGUCAGUGUCCUUUUGGAAGGCCCCCCACACAGUGGGAAGACAGCCCUGGCUGCGAAGAUUGCAGAGGAAUCGAACUUCCCAUUUAUCAAGAUCUGCUCUCCUGAUAAGAUGAUUGGCUUUUCAGAAACUGCCAAGUGCCAGGCAAUUAAGAAGAUCUUUGAUGAUGCUUACAAGUCUCAGCUGAGCUGUGUGGUGGUGGAUGACAUUGAAAGGCUCCUAGAUUAUGUUCCAAUUGGGCCACGAUUCUCAAAUCUGGUAUUACAGGCUCUUCUGGUGUUGCUAAAGAAAGCACCACCUCAUGGUCGCAAGCUCUUGCUCAUUGGGACCACCAGUCGCAAGGAUGUCCUGCAGGAGAUGGAGAUGCUGGAUGCCUUCAGCACUACUGUCCAUAUUCCCAACAUUGCCACAGGAGAUCACCUCAUGGAGGCCCUGGAGCUCCUGAGCAGCUUUAAAGAUGAGGAACGCAGCACCAUUGCCCGGAAUGUCAAAGGGAGGAAGGUCUGGAUUGGCAUCAAGAAGCUUCUGAUGUUGAUAGAGAUGUCAUUGCAGAUGGAUCCUGAGUACCGUGUGAGAAAAUUCCUAGCACUUCUGCGAGAAGAAGGAGCUAGUCCACUGGAUUAAGUGUGAAGCUGGAAUCUUGUUCAGAAGCUGGUGUCCAGGAAAGCAGCUAAGCAGGAGACUACCCCAUGAGAAGAAUCUUCUCUUCAGACCUGUAGAUGUGUGGUACAUCCAAACAAGAGCAGAACAUUCAGCUCCCUUCAGAGACUCCCCUCAUUCCUCCUUUUUGCAUGUUGAAUGCAACAAAAUGAUCCACCAUUUGUUAUCUAUUGUCUUUAAUAUCUUGAUGUCUUGUGGCAAAACAAACUCUUCUGGAGUAUCUGCUUUCAUAUUGUGCUGCCUGCUGCACUCGCCCAACUGGUAUUGGUGCACAAGGGGAGGAGAAGAAAUGCGCCAUGUACCAGCCUGUAGAUGUUCAUGCUGAAGCUGACAGUGGCUCCUUCUCAUCUCUGAAGCUAAAGCCCAAAAUAUGGGAAAGUUUAAAUAUUAAGAAAUUUUUCUUCUUAACCCACACCAAAAAUAACCAAUAACAAAGCCAGCUGAGGUUUGUAGAGUUGUACACUCAGGUUUAUAGCGUCUGAGUCCCCCAAUACGCCCCCCCCCCCGGGCUCUUGUUGAGUAGUUCCUUACUCCUUGCUCCCAAGUCAAGAAGUUUCAGACUCAAGACAAACAGUAACCAAAGUGUUAAAUGCCACCACUAGUUUGAGGUGAGCUAGGAUCCAGAGAACGUUUUUUUGCCUGGAUUUUAGGCAAGACAAAUUAAAUUUGCAUUUGGUAUAGCAGCAGUCACUAUCUCCAGUGGUAGUUUACCCACCAGGUACAGGUACAGCAGCAGAAGCAGCAGUGGGGUUCUGAUACAUUUAUGGUUUUGCUAUAGAACAAAUAGAAAAUUCUUAUCCAUGUAAUAGUCCUGUAAAAAUCUGAAAACACUUUUUCUGCUUUCUUUUGCAAUGGACCUUCCCUGCUUUUCAACUUCUUGUAAAAGAAGAUUUAUUUUAGGGGAUCACAUAUGGCAUACAAGUGCAGGAUGCAUGAACUCACGUUGGGCUCUCCCCAUCCCCAAUCAAGUGGUAACUGUUGUUCUCAAGUGCUGUGGUAUCUGCUGAUGAGCUCUUGCUUUUUGGCAAGGUGGAAGUUAAGGAGAAAUCCAACUUCCCUUUUUUGGGGGGGAUACUUCCUGUGAUUGCUGCUGUGUACAGCAAUACCGAAUCAGUGAGGACAGCAGUCUACUGUCUGAACAUGCUCAAUCACGUGUUCCUCACUAGUCCUUUUGUUGUUGUUGGGAAGCCCACUGAGUAGCUUGCCUGAGCAACGAAGUGCAAGUUUAUGUUAGAGCCAGUCUAGCUUUUAGACCUCUCCUGUGCUGAUUUCUUUACCACACCCAGCGGUAUUUUGUAACAGAACUCCGCACCUGAAUCCUGCCCAUCGCAUUGAGUUUGCCUGCCUGCAGCUCAUAUCAGUAGCAGUUUGCCAGCAGGAUUUGGACUGGGGAAACGACACGAUAGGUAGGAUUCACACGAUGUCCUGUUCUGCUAAGCCAUAUGGCCACAGGGUUAAGAAACGAAAUCUGGGGAUGCCCCACCCCACCCCUACAAGGGUAAUGUCUAAGUUAGUUCUUAACUUCUCUUUAUGAAGAGCAAUGUAUUGCAAAGCCUAAAUAAUUCCCCCACAACACAACCCAAGUGGCUGGACCAAUCUGCCAUCUUGCUGAAAUUGUCUAUAUUAUUGGCAUGGCUCUUUCCCCCCAACUUUUCAAGCUGCUAAAGUUAGAAAGUUGGAAACAGCACUUGAUGUCCUCCAACCCUGUGCAGCAAAAGGUAAACUGUUGUUUUAGCAGCUGCAGUGAUGCAUUUAUUUUAAUGUGGAAUAGCAUCUUUUUUUGUUUAAUUCCCAUUUUCUGGUUUGAGUAGUGUUGAGGAAUAUGUGAAUCCCUGGUGGACUUAUAAGAUCCCUUCUUUUUUUAGGCUGUGCAACUGGGCUGCUUUUAGAUGCACCCUUCUAUCCACCACCACCACCCCAAGCCCCCACAACCUGCCCCCAUUACCUGCCCCCUCCAUCACUCAUCUUUCAGUGGAAGCAAAACACAUACGUUGUAUUUAAUGUAAUGUCUUGGAUCAAAUGAUGUAAACAUUUUAUUGUGUUUUUUUGUCCAAAGCUAUGUUGAGAGAGAAAAAUACAUAAAUAGAUUGUGUGGUUAAAUGUAGAAAAAUAAAUGCAAUAAAAAGGCACAGAUACUUAA